CAUUUUUUGUUUAUCUAGGUUUUUUUUUUUGAAACGGUGUUAAACUGUUAACAGUGUACGAUAGUCGUACGGUUUUAUGGCUAGUAAACUUUACUUUCCAUCGGAUUUUCUGAAGUUGUUCGUUGCAUUUAAUAUUAAUUAUUUAUUGUCUAAGAAUAUGCUAAGUUUUUGUAUAGAUUAAAUAGUUAGUCGAUUUUUCAAAGAUGGCUUUUUCAAGUGAUGAAUUAAACUUUCUUGUUUACCGAUAUUUACAAGAAUCUGGUAUAAAAGAUAACGCUGUUAUUUUUUUAUUAUUAAUUUAAUUAAUGAAAUAAAAAAUUAAUUUUCUUAUUUCAAGGUUUUCAACAUUCGGCUUAUACUUUUGGUAUUGAAUCACACAUUUCCCAGUCAAACAUCAAUGGGGCUUUGGUUCCACCAGCUGCUUUAAUUAGUAUUAUACAAAAGGGUUUGCACUAUACUGAAGCUGAGAUAUGUGUCGGUGAAGACGGUUCAGAACAGCGUUUAACUGAGAGUUUGUCAUUGAUUGAUGCAGUCAUGCCAGAGAUUGUAGCUAGUCGACAGAGCCAAAAUCAACAGAAACAGAAUGUGGUUAAGAAUGAUACACAAGAAACUAAUGGUGAAGAAGGCACAGCAACUGUAACCCCGGCUGUUACUAGUACUGAAACUAUGGAACUAGAUAGUAGUAUUGAGAUUCCAGCAGAGAAAUCUACUAUUCUUAAGGGUCAUGAGUCUGAAGUCUUCAUUUGUGCUUGGAAUCCAACAACUGAUUUACUUGCUUCUGGGUAUUAUUAUAUUAGAUUUUUAUUUAUACAGUGUUAUAUUUCAAGAAGGGCACUAAGAUUUUAUGUUUAACAAAUAUUUCAAGGACAAUAAAAUUAUAUGUUGUUUAUUUUGGGUUCUACUAGAAGCCUGUGAAAUUUUUCGAUGUAUAAUAUUAUUUAAAUGAAUAUUUAUGUUGACUUAAACAUUUGCAGUUAAUAUUUAUUUAGAUACUGAUUGCAGUUAAGAAUGUAUUGGUUUACUAUUUUUUUUUUUCAACUUUUCUGUUGGAACCUUGUUCCAAUCAUUAACAGUUAAUUUUGGUAUCAAAUUUUUGUCUAUAUGGUGUAUUUAAAAUCAUUUUUUGAUUUUUUUUGUAGUUUUCUUAAUAAUUGGGAAAAAACUGGGAAUAUUUAUAUAAUAAUGGUUUCUAUUAUUUUUGAUUUUAUAUUUUUGUUGUAAUUCAGUUAAAAAUAAUCGUAGAGGUCAAACAUUUUAUUGAAUUAAUACUUAUAUUAGCCUUUUCUAGAUGUGAAAUUUAAACUUCAUUUAGAUGAUUUUCGAGCUUAUUUUUUUUAUAACUAUUUGGAAUUUUUGAGUUUUUUGGUUUUAUUCAGCUUAAUGCAAAUACAAUUUUUUUGCCCCUGCGAAAAUAUUUGAAAAUUUGACGCAAGUUCAUUGAACGUUGAACUUUAGGAUGUAAAAAAUAGUUAAGUUUAAUUUAUGAAGUCAUUUUUUCAUAAGGGUUUUUAAUUUUAAAUUAAGAUAAAAAUCAUUACAUUUUAAAACAUGUUUAACCAAAUUUUGCUCAGAAUCGUUUUUUUCAAUUAGCAAUGACUUAUUUUUAUGUACUGAUAAAAAUUAAUGUGUUAAUUGAUGUGUGAUUUAUUAAUUAUAUGUAUUUCUUAUUGGUAAACAAAGUUGACUUAUUACAGAUCAGGGGAUAGUACAGCGCGUAUUUGGGACAUGGCUGACAGUUCAGGUUCUCCUUCUCAACUUAUAUUGAGACAUUGUAUUCAAAAAGGAGGAACUGAAGUACCUAGCAAUAAGGAUGUAACUUCUCUUGAUUGGAAUGUUUGUUUUUUUGUUUUAUGUUUAAUUUAAAAUUAAAUAUUGGUAUACUUUUAAAAUAAUUAAUAAUUAAUUUGUUUUUAGUGUGAUGGAUCAUUAUUAGCCACAGGUUCAUAUGAUGGUUAUGCUCGAAUAUGGAUGACAGAUGGGAGAAUAUCAAGUACUCUUGGCCAACAUAAGGGUCCAAUAUUUGCUUUAAAAUGGAAUAAGAGAGGAAAUUAUAUUCUUAGCGCGGGAGUUGAUAAGGUAAAAUUCUUGUUUUUUUUUAAUUUUUAAUUUUUAGAUUUGGUGGAAUGUAUUUUUCAUAUUGUUAUUUUUAUGUUUACAUAUCAGACUACCAUUAUUUGGGAUGCUGCUUCAGGUCAAUGUAACCAGCAAUUUGCAUUCCAUACAGCCCCAGCAUUAGAUGUUGACUGGCAGUCAAAUAGUAGUUUCGCAUCAUGUAGUACUGAUCAAUGCAUCCACGUUUGUCGUUUAGGUGUAGAUCGACCAAUUAAAUCAUUCCAAGGGCACACAGUAAGUUAUUUAAUCAUAUUUAAUUUAGAUAUUUACACCAAAACUUUCUAUUUCAUAUUAAAACAUUCACUGAAUAUAUUUGCAUUUUAAUGAAUAAUAUUUACUUAAACUAUAAUUAAUCAUUUCUCAAACUAUUUAAUCAUUUUAGAAUGAAGUUAAUGCUAUAAAAUGGGACCCGCAAGGAAAUUUAUUAGCUUCUUGUUCAGACGAUAUGACUUUGAAAAUAUGGUCAAUGAAACAAGACAGUUGUGUGCAUGACUUACAAGCACAUAACAAAGAAAUAUACACAAUCAAAUGGAGUCCAACUGGUCCCGGUACAGCCAAUCCAAAUAUGAAUCUUAUACUUGCCAGGUAAAUCUUACUGUAAAUUAAUAUAGUAAAAAAUUGUUAGUUAUUAAUUAAUAUUAAUAUACUAGUGCAUCAUUUGAUUCAACUGUACGAUUGUGGGAUGUGGAACGUGGUGCUUGUAUACACACUCUGACUAAGCAUACUGAACCAGUUUAUAGUGUGGCUUUUUCGCCUGAUGGAAAAUUCUUGGCAUCUGGCAGUUUUGAUAAAUGUGUUCAUAUUUGGUCAACACAAGUAAAUAUUGAUUUUUUUAUUGCAUUUAUUUCAGUACUAUAAAUAAAUUGUUAAUUAAAAUAAAUUAUAUUUUCAUUUUUGCUAGUAAUUGUAUUUGUUUUUAUUUCAGAGUGGUCAAUUAGUUCAUAGUUAUAAAGGAACAGGUGGUAUUUUUGAAGUCUGCUGGAAUUCUAGAGGUGACAAAGUUGGUGCAAGCGCGUCUGAUGGAAGUGUGAGUAUACAUAUAUUUUUCAACUAUUAUGAUUUCUAAUUAUCAUGUAUAUUUUUUAAGCAAGAAAUGAGUAUGUAAUUUAUCAUAAUUCAAAAAUGACUGUAUCUCUAUAUUCUUUAAAUCACUAUUAAUAUUAAAACAUUGAAAAAAAAACAAUGUAAUUGCACAGAUAAUGUUCUUAUCUUUAAUUGACUGUAAUAUUAAAAUUAACAGCACAGAGUUGUCCUUGAACACAAAUAGGCUGAAGAUAAUAUAGGGGGUAAAGUUUCCUCUUAAGAAAAAUUUAAAUUGCUGACUAAAUGUUCCUUAAUUUAAAAAUGAGAAAUGUAUUAAUAAAUGAUAAAAUACAAAACAAAUUCUCAUUUUUAAUUAUAUUUAUUUUUAUUUUAGCAAUAAUUUAUAUCUACAUUUAUUUUGACAACAUAAUUUGUACUAUAUAUUUUUAUAUUUAAUUUCAAUUGUAAUACUAAACAAAGAAAUUACAUUUUUUUUAUCCAUUUUGUUGAAUUCCUAGCAUUUGACAUUAACUCAAAUUAAUGAAGAUAUUAGUUUAAUCAUAAACACAAUUGAAAAUAUAUUUCAUACUAAUUACUAUACUCACAAUAAAAUAAAAUAAUAGAGCUAAUUAAAAGAGUUAAAAUGUAUAUGUAUAAAUAUUUACAUAUUUGUAUUAAAAUAUUAACCUCUUAAAAUAGUCCUUAUAAUAAAAUAAAAACAUAUUUAAAACAGUUAUGGGAUAUUUUGUUUUACAACUUGUGCAUUCAUAUUCUAUAGUUAAAAAAACUAAGAAUUUAAUCCCUUUAUUUCAUACUGUGCCAGGAUUUUUUAUCUUUUGAACCCACAAAUUUUAAUUUAAAAAAAAAAAAAAUUAUUUAUUUCAUGUAAAGCUUUAUAAUAAUACCUACAUAGUAAAAGUUUAUUUGCUAAACUUUUUAUUUAUACAUUUUAAAAUUAUGUUUACAGGUAUUUGUAUUGGACUUACGGAAACUCUAAUCUUUUGGUAUCGUUCACUUUUAUGUUUUUCUUAUUUUUGAUACCAAUUUCCAAUUAUUUAAUAACAAAUAAAUUAUCAAUUUUAUUUAAGUUUUUGUAAGUUAAUAAUUAUUGUAUUGUGUUUAUAAAAAUUUCAGACCAACUGAUUAAAUUAAUGUUAAUUAUUUAAACAAUUUUCUAGAAAUUUGUUUGGUUUUACCAGUAUAAAAUAAAGAAAGUUGUUUAUAAUAUUUGUUCAAAAUAUAUGUUAUAUCAGUAACACUUUUUUUUAUUUGUGAUAUGGGUCAAUUUAUUUGUAACAGUAUAACAGUUUUAUUUUCCCUCUAUUUUAUAUCUUAACAUAAUCUAUUAAAAUAGCUUUACAAUUUUUUUUUUAUGUUUCAUUUAAUUUUUACUUUUUUAAUUAUGAUAUUUGAUGUAAUAACACAACUAUAUAACAUAUUUCAUACAUUUUUGUUUAGUCAGUUUAUUAAUAACUAAUAAGGAUCAUUGAUGAUGCAUUGACGUUUGUACCAAUAAAUAAAACUUUUCUUGAUUUAGUAGUAUAAACUGAUAUAAUUUGUGAAUGUUAUAAAUUUUAAGAUACUAGUAUUAUUAUUUGCAUGUACUUUUACAACCAAACAAAUUUCUAGUUUGUGUGGAUACAUAAUUGAUGAAAAUUGCUUUCUUAUUCCCCAUAGGCUUGGUUAACAUAGACUAAGGUGUCAUUUGUGAAUUUAUAUGAUUUCAUAAAAUAUGAAAUUAACUGUUUAUUAUUGUGAUUAUUUCUAUGUAACUAGUGCUAUUUAAAAUCAUUGCCAAUAAUUCAACAAAUUAUCUUAACUGGCAUUUAACUAUUGAUGUUAAACAUAAUAUACAAAUUAAUUUAAGUAAACAUAUUAUUCUUAUUAUCUUUUGUUUAUAUGAUAUUAUUACAUUAUGGAACUGGGUCAAUAAUUGUACACAUAGUAUCAAGUAAACUUAAUCUUAUAUACUCUAAUUAAUUGUAAAUUAUAAUAUAUCUUUGUUUAGUCCUCAUUUUUAAUAUUAGUCAAACUAAUAAGUAUAUAUAUAUAUAUACAUAUAUAUUCUAUUUUAAUGUUAUAUCAUUCUAUGCCCAGUGGCAAUUUAUAUUAGACAUUUGUUUACAUGUCGCUUUCAGUUAGGUGAUAAUAUUGGUAGCUAAUCAUUUUUUCACUAAAUAUGAAUUUAUCAAUGUAUAUAUUAUAUAUACAUAUACACCCACCCACACACACACACACACACAUAUAUAUAUAUAUAUAUAUAUAUAUAUAUACUUUAAUUUGAAAAAAAACUGUUUGUAUUACAUUCUAAUUAUAUUUAAAUUGAUUUUUAUUGUAUAAUUUAUUUUUUAAUUCAAAUGUAAUUUAAAAUUAAAUGUAGAUAUAUUUUUAAAAUCCAUUUUAAUAGAAAAAAAUAAAUGUAUAGAAUUAUUGCCAUUAAAACAAACUUUUUAUGAUAUUAUAAUACUCUAUUUAAAAAACUCUCUAUAUUUUUAACAAGUUUAUAUAUUAUAUUGGAAUCAUUGUAAUAUAAUUGUAUCUUCACAUUUACAGAUAUGUUUUAAGGAUAGAGAAAUAAAUUAUUCAAUGGAGUUGAAAUUAAGCUAAUUAGAUUAAUAAAUUGGUCUAAAAUUAAUUGUAUUAGUUAUUUAAUGUAUUCAAGUAAGAAUAUUAGUGAUACAUAAUAAUUAUAAGAAGUUAAGAUAAUAGUGUUAAUAUUCAAACUAAGUCCUUGAUUCAAAUAGGGAAAAACAACAAAAUUAAUUCACUUGUUGGUAAGUAUAAUGAAAACUUUACAAUUUUAAUUAUUUAUUCUUUCAGGCACUUUCUAGGCACUUCU